CAUUAACAGCACUGUGAGACAGGAACAGGGACGCGCCAUCAUCAUCAGCAGCAGCAUAAGAGAACUUGGGACCUCAUCAAGACCUAUUUCAAAUGAUGCCUAAAUUAAUGUCUUGAUUAAUGCCUGUUCUUUGCUAGAAGACCAAACUGAAUGGCAAAUCUUUCGUCAAUAUCAAAAACGUACCAUAUAGGAUGAGUUUCAUUGUGUUCUGCGUAUUGGAAGGACUGUAGAAGGAGGCGAUUUAACCUGCUUACAGGUAUUUGUUAGCGUUCAUCAUUUCAAUCAAGCGUCAACUGGUAUCGAUCUAAAAAUCUAGGCGACAACAGGAGCAUAAUUUUGGCCCUACUGUCUGCCGAUUUCCCCUUUGCCAAAACUGACUGUCGCCAGUUUAUACAGGAGAUAUACAUACAGUGUAUGUCAGAAUGCGGAGGAAGGAUUCAGCUCAAGCCGUGUAGUGGCGCGAAAAAAAGUGUGAAGAUUUUCCAGAUAUGAAAACAGACCAUAUGAACACCCCCCUCUUCUCAACGCAUCCAUUUUGGGGGCACGUGACACAACAUUCCCAGGAACCACUGUCUUAAACCUCGUUGCCAUGGUAGCCAAACAUUUCGUGCAGGACGCUGGGCAGGCCUCCAGUGAUGCUCUACGGAUCACGUCAGAGAGCUGCUCGUCCUCUAGGAGACUGCGACUCAGGCGCUGGGCCCCCAAUAUCGUCCUGUCAGUGUUGGUCCUGGUGGCGCUGGCCACGGUGUUGGUACUGGUCGGCGUACUGCUGACAAGACAGAGUGAUCAAGGCUCUGUGGCUCCCAGCAGCUUGUCAAAAGGGGAAAGAACCGGUGACGGAUUUCCGUGUGAAAUGAAAAAUGGAUUCUACCCAUCAUCGAGUGACUGUCAAAAAUAUUACCACUGUGUCAACGGCACUGCCCACAUGUUUAGCUGUGGAGAAAACAGGAUGUGGUCUCAAGCCGACAGCGCAUGCGUCGCUUACGUCGCCGCCGCCUGCGCUCCAUCUACCGUCGGAACGUCCAAGGCGCCAAUUAUCACGCGCUCGACGUCGUCUCUGAGGUCAAAGUUCACCAAGACAUCAGGAGGCUCGUCUGAGUGUGGAACGCCUAAUGGAUUCUUCGCAAAUCCACGAGACUGCACAUCUUUUUACACCUGUCUCGAGGGUCGCGUGCAAGCCACGGGGACUUGUUCCAGCGGACGCAUGUGGAGCCAGAGGCACCUUCGCUGUGUGGAUUUAGACCUAAGGCUAUGUUUCACCGAUAAUCAGGCCCCAGCUGAGGGAAACACAACCCCUCCACCAGUAAACAUGGACAAAAAGGUCACUGGAGACCCUUCGUAUAUGUGUGAACGGGCUCCUGUCUUGGUCCCCGUGGACAAUGACUGUCGCAAAUAUGUCGUCUGCCUUGAGGUGGGGACGCAUGGGCGCCAUUUUCAGUGCCCCCAGGGGACCGUGUGGAGACAAUCAGAGCGCGCAUGCGCUUCAGAGACGACAGAGAGCGCUAUUUUCUGUGAAAGACAUUCCAACAUAACGCAGCCUGUGUCUUCUGAAAGUACGGCCACGUCAAUUCCGUCAUCAGAUUCACAUAAGCAGAAGACCAAGUUGGUAACGACUGUGGCGCCCCCUGUCUCACCCUCUCGUGUAUUACGAUUGCCUAGCAAAGCGAGAGCAAGCACAACGGACCAAUCAACUGUCACAUUACAUUCCAGGAUUCAGACUAAGCCAAAAAUGAAAAAGGGAGAGAGAACAAUGACUAAUGAAAAUGCACUGAAUAAAACAGCAAACGUUACUAACAGUCCAGAGACACUCUGUAAGGAAAACGGAUUCUGGGCGCAUCCGACCGAUUGCAGGAAAUUUCUCAUGUGUAUUCAUGACGCGGUAUGGGGCACGGUCCUCACCUGCCCAAACCACACGAUGUGGAGCCAGGAUUCUCGCGCAUGCGUGGAAUACAACAUCGACGGUUGCCAUCGCAACCUCGUUGCAUUAAGAACAACGCCAUCUACCGUCCAGUUCACCAACCCACCAUUUGUAUGCCCCAGCACGGGUAAAUUUCCCGCUCUUGAUUCUUGCCGGAAGUAUGUGAUAUGUUACGGGGCUGGAUUACAAGGCUAUUAUGUGAAUUGCCCUUCAGGGUUAGUUUGGAACGACGAGAAAGACAUGUGCUAUCCAUAUGACCCAAGCUUUUGUGGAUAACACUUACAGUACUAUGGCAUUUGCUUAUGUAUCGUGCAUAAGUCCACUGUACUAAAGCAGCAAGAGAUUGGCUGUCAAAUACGAAACAACGUGUGCGAUUUGCAUAAA